CUCAAAUUAUUCCUUUGGGCAAGAAGGACAUUGACUGGUCCAUCUUACCGGGACACGUCAUUGAUGGUAUGACGAUAAUGCCCGCAACCGGUUAUCUCUUCAUGAUCUGGGAGACGUACUGUAAAAUUCUGAAAGUUCCAAUGCUCGGCUCUCGGGUGCGCUUCGAAAACGUGCGAUUCCAUAAAGCUGUCCACAUUUCCAAAAUAUCGGAGAUGGUCUUCAAGAUUACCAUAGGCCGAGGAACCAACCGAUUUGAGAUCGGAGACGUCGAAGAAGUUAUCGUUUCUGGAAGCAUACACAGUCUCUCAGAUACGGAUGAAUUCAUUGACCUCGCCUUGUCACCAGAAGACGAGGAAGAAAUCUCUUUCGCGUCAAAAGAUAUUUACAAAGAGCUACGCCUGCGGGGUUACAACUAUUCAGGAGCGUUUCGCGCGCAGGAGAAAAGCCAUCUUUCCGGCUUGAUCAGCUGGAUUAAAUGGGACAGUAACUGGAUCGCAUUCAUCGAUAACAUGUUGCAGACGAAGCUUCUCGGGGAAGAUUCGCGGAGUCUGUGCGUCCCCACGUCCAUCGGCCAGUUGAAUAUUGACGCUAUCAAGCACUUCGUGUACGUUAAGCAGCUGGGCAACCCAUCUCUACUGCCUGUGUACAACCACAGCGAGGCAGAUGCCAUCAGCUGUGGAGGUAUCGAGCUGCGGAAGCUCUACGCGACGCCAAUUCUGCGCCGGAAGGUGACGGCCGAGCCGGUCCUGGAGACGCACAAGUUCGUACCGUUUAACACCGAGCUGCCCAUGCAAUCUGCGGUGCGCGUCCUGGUGCAGAUCUUCCUUGAGAACACACUCUCGCUGAAGGUUAAGAUCGUGGAGGUCGCGAAAACUGACGCGAUUUCACCAAUCCUGCAAGAGGCUUUGAAUGACCAGCCGCUGAUUAAAACACAAGUGACAAUUUUGAGCGACGAAAUCCUGACUGUCCCAAACGUGAAGGUCCACAACAAGGCGCUGUCCUCCGAGAAGCAAUGCGAAAUAGUCAUUCUCGAGGGGGCAUCGAGUAACCUUGAACUACUCCAGGAGGCCGAAAGCAUCCUAAAGAGGAACGGCAUUAUUAUCUCAAGGGAAAGAGGCGAGUUCGUUUCAAGUUUCCCUGGCCUCGAGCUUCUGGCGCAAGUAAAAACUGAAACGGAAACGCUGGUGUUGCUGAGGAAAGUUGCGAGUUACACGAAAGAGCACGUGAUCAUGGCCAAGUUUGACGGAACAACUUACGACUGGUUGCCUAAGCUUCAGAGGGCCAUCCGAAAUGAAACCAAAACGUUGGUGGUGGUUGAAAAUGAGCCUUUAAGCGGCGUGCUCGGAUUUGUCAAUUGUCUAAGACGCGAACCCGGGGGGAUGAACUUGAGAUGCGUGUUUGUUCAGGACGGGAACGUUAAAUUUAACCUCUCCGAUCCACUCUUCAGCGAACAGCUAAGCAAAGACUUGGCGAUUAACGUGUUGAAGCACGGCGCUUGGGGUACCUAUCGCCAUCUGCCCAUGGAGCGCUUGAAGGAGGUUGAAAGGCAGCACGUCUUCUGCAACCAGAACGUCGUUGGAAACUUGUCAACGCUCAGCUGGGUCGAAGGGCUACUUUCGCAUGAUAACGCUAAGGAACCCGGACGAUCGAUCAAGGUUUGUACGAAGGUUCCACCAAGUGGUGGUUUAAGGGCUUGUCUAGGUAUACGCCAGUUCCAUCAACUUCAUGAAUAUUAUGUUAGCUUCCGGUCGUGUUCCCUUGGAGGUGUUCAUAAAGGAUCGCCUUGCUUUGGCACAGCGCAAGGCCUUGAGUACGCUGGAAUAGACGCAACGGGCGAGAGGGUAAUGGGUUUCGUACAACGUGCGGCUAUGGCCAGUUCCGUUGUCCCAGACUGUGAGAUGAUCUGGAGAAUACCGGAUGAGUGGACUAUGGUCCAGGCCGUCAGUGUUCCGAUGACGUACUCGACGGUGCUGUGCAGUUUCUUCGUGAGCGCUCACCUUAAACCGGGACAAAGUGUACUGAUACACUCCGGGGCUGGAGGCGUAGGGCAGGCCGCCAUCCAAAUCGCCUUGUUCUGCAAGUGCCAAAUAUUUACAACUGUCGGUACCGAGGAAAAGCGGAAGUUUAUCAUGGAAACAUUCCCAGAAAUACCAGCUAGCCACAUCGGCAACUCUCGUGACACCUCCUUCGUGCAGAUGGUUUUAAAACACACGAAAGGUAGAGGAGUUGACUUGGUUCUAAACUCCGUGGCCGAAGAAAAAUUGAAAGCGACACUUCAGUGCCUUGCGCCGAAAGGCUACUUCGUCGAGAUAGGCAAAUACGACUUGGUCAACAGCAACAAAUUUGCACUCUCUGUACUAAGCAAAGGACGUAGUUAUACCAGCUGCAUGUUGGAUAUGUACUUCAGAGACUUCCACAAUCAAAAGCACAAACUGCAAGAAAUCGUAUUAAAAUUCUUGAAACAAGGCGCGGUUAAGCCUUUGCACUUGACCACGUUCAACAUGGACCAAGUGGAGGAAGCCUACCGGUACAUGGCGGCAGGUAAACACAUAGGAAAAGUCGUCGUCAAGGUCCGCGAUGAAAACCAGCAAUCGCCCGAACUUUUCAAGGCUUUCCCAAGAUUCUCCUGCGACCCUUGCAUGACGUACAUCAUUUUAGGAGGCUUGGGAGGGAUUGGACUGGAACUGGUUGACUGGUUGAUCCUAAGAGGUGCGCGCAAGUUGGUUUUGGUCUCUCGAAAUGGUGUCCGAAAUGGAUACGCUGCGUCCAGAUUAGGCAAAACUUGGAAAACGUACGAGGCUACUAUAAGGGUGGCCACAGACGACGUCACCACCGAAGAAGGGUGUGCGCGGCUGUUGGUGAGCUCGGAGAAGCUUGCGCCCGUAGCAGCGAUCUUCAAUUUGGCGGUGAUUCUUCGGGACGACCUCUUCGAGAACCAGACGGAGGAGAACUUCGUGAACGCGCUCUCCCCUAAAGCCCUUGCCACGCAGCACCUAGACGCCCUAAGUCGACACCUCUGCCCGCGCCUACAGCACUUCGUGGUGUUCUCGUCGGUCUCGUGCGGAAGGGGCAAUGCAGGUCAGAGCACUUACGGCAUGGCCAACUCGAUUAUGGAAAGGAUAUGCGAGAAGAGGAGACAUGAGGGCUACCCAGGUUUGGCAAUACAGUGGGGGGCGAUCGGAGAAGUCGGCCUGGUUGCGGAAAUGCAAGAACAGCACAAAGAAAUUGUGAUUAGUGGCACAUUGCAACAGCGCGUCGCGUCCUGUCUGAGCACCCUGGAAACCUUCCUCUUACAAAACGAGCCCAUCGUAGCAAGUAUGGUGGUGGCGGAAAAAAAGAGCGUCGCCGAAGGCGCCGAAAGCGCCAUCAGCGCGAUCAAAUGCAUCAUGGGAAUAAGCGAUAUGAAGAUGAUUAGCGAGCAUGUCACCUUAUCCGAAAUGGGCAUGGACUCCAUGACCGCGGUUGAAAUUAAGCAGACGCUCGAACGCGACUGUGAGGUCUUCCUAAGCCCUAAAGAAAUUCGAACCCUUACCUUCGCCAAACUAAAAGAGCGGUUAUCAAAUGAAAGAUCAGAGCCGGUAGCUACAACCGUCCCCCCACGCGCAAACAUCUUUUACACCCACUUUCGGACGGAGGAGGAAUCCAGAAUAUCAUUAAAGCAAAUGGAAAGUGUAGUUAAGAAAGAAGAUCAUGCACCAUUGGCAAUCUUUCUGCCGGGAGUUGAAGGGGUAGCCGAAGCCAUGGCGUCCUUGGCUAACAAGCUGAGGGCCCAUGUAGAAUGCGUCCAGUACGCAAACGCCGCUGCCGAUUUCCACUUGGAAACCUUCGCUAAAUCACUAUCAAAGCUAAUACCCCACGUCGAGCAUCACUUCAACCUCGUAGCAUAUUCGUAUGGUUGUGCUGUCGCGUUAGAGCUCGCUUCCACCUUAGAAGUCCGUGGAUUGAUCGGAAAAGUGAUUUUAAUCGACGGAUCUCCGGAAAUGCUAAAGGAACUGAUAAAGCAGCAGUUCCCGUCGGAACACGAGCCGGAGGCCUCCUUGGAGACCGCCGUACUGUUUAACAUAAUCACCUCAUACACACCAUUGGAGGCAACAGUAGCGCUUCGGGAAGCUGUCCGCCAGUUGGGCACAUUGGAAGAACGCGUCGAGUACCUACUGGAAGUGAUGCCCGAAGAAAUUCCGCACUCCAAAGAGUACCAAAAGCAGGUGGCCAUGGCCGUCUGCACGAAAACGAAAGCUCUAUACAAUUACGAGGCGAAAUUUCCAAAGCUGAAGUCGGAGGUGACGCUAAUCAAGCCGAACGAAGCGUCCGUCGUAAACUACGACCAGGACUACGGACUGCAGAAGUUGUGCGAGAAACCCGUUCGAGUUCAUACGGUUGAAGGGACCCACGAAACCAUCGUGCAGAAUCCCGAGCUAGCCGACUAUAUCAAUAAAAUAAUCAUCAAUAGAGUAAUGAUUUAAUUAUCUUUGUCUUCCCUCAGGAACCACAAUAUUCAUAGCUAUGAACCAAUGCAAAACGUCACUUCACUUUUAGGUACCUACUGAAGUGAUCCACUUUAUAGAUACUUGUUAAUUAUAUAAUAAUUAAACGGUAAGAGUCUUUAUUAAUUUAUAACGUGGGACAUAAACAGAAUUCGGUUAUGGGCUACAAUUGUUUAUGUUCUUAUGGAAUUGAUAUGUAACUUGUAAGGAAAGCG